CUGUCUUAGAACUCACUUUGUUGAGUUCCAGGUUGGCCUGGAACUCUCAAAGAUCUGCUUGCUUCUACCUCCCAAGUGCAGGGAUUAAAGGUGUGUGCCACCACUCUCCUGGACAUAGGUAUAGGGUAUAGAAGGGCCCUCCUAGGUAAGGGACAGGUGUGUGUUGUGGGUUCUCCAUGAGCAGGGAUUUCCUCCAGGCAUAGACUCAGUCUGCUGGAGAGGGUCAGCGCUGAGGCCGUAACCACCACCCUGCACCAAGUGACUCGGGAAAGGAUGGAAGACCGCUGCCGGGGAGAGUAUGAACGCUCCUUUCUUCGUGAGUUCCAUAAGUGGAUCGAGAGAGUGGUUGGUUGGCUUGGCAAAGUGUUUCUUCAGGACAACACUACCAGGCCAAGUUCUCCAGAAGCAGGGAACACACUGCGCCGUUGGCGCUGCCACGUACAGAGAUUCUUCUACCGUAUCUAUGCCAGUCUGCGCAUUGAGGAGCUUUUCAGCAUCAUCCGAGGUUGGUCCUGUCUCUUACCCUGCAGAACCUUCCUUUUCCAGAGAUUUCCUAUGCUUUACCUUCAGCUGUUGGCAAGGUGGUAAGUUGAGGAGAGCUGG